AUCCUCUAGAAACCUCUAACCUUUAUAACAUUUUAAUAUAAAAAAACAGCUUCACCAUUAACAUUAACAAUUUUCCAUUUCUCAAUCUAUGGCAAGAUACAAUAAUAAUAGCUACUACAACUUUUGGGAAUAUUCCACUUUCCCAAUUCACCUCUGUUUCUUUAUGUUAAUCCUUUUCUUGGUGUUAACAUUUUCAUGGUACAUAAACUAUGAAUCCAUGUACGAGGAUAUGUUUAUUCAGGUGAAGAUUUUGUUGUCUCUUGUUCCACUUAUAUUGUUGUUGACUGUUCACUGUCUCUCUAGUGGAGGAUCGUUCCCUUUACAAUUGCCAGAGGAGAGGGAGUCUUUGCAUAGAGCUGGUGGGUCCCCUUGGGGAGUGGCACUCUUGCUUGUUUUUCUUUUGUUCAUGAUGUCUUAUCAAUCUUCUUUUCAUCAACGUUGGUUUCCUUUGCUUACCAGAUAAAGAAAAUCUCAUCAAUUCUCUAAGUAGGCAGUGUGAGUGUGAGUGUGAACUCUCUUGUAAUAUUUUUCAUAGAAUAAUCUUUUUUAAUCAAGUCUAUUAACAAAUUUGUUUUCCUUU